AUGACAAAAAGGACACCUUGUGAAGAGUUUGAAGUUUGCUUUGGUGAGGAUAAUGUUUACCGGGACAAGUAUCGAUCCAUUGAUCCAUCGAGCGAGUGCGACUUGUCUCUCCCUUGCGCCCCAACUCUCAGGCCAUGCGACCACCCUGUUCCUCCGCCAGCGCCCUCUCCAGAGAGGAUUUCUUUUUCAUCAUCGCCGCUUUCUCUCUCUGUUUUUCCACCCAUGUCUGCCGACGCCCACGCCGCUAAUUAUAUAAAUCCCAAGGGACUCCUCUGCAAUGCCGCCGCCGGUGCUUCCGCGGGGGUUAUUGCUGCUACAUUUGUGUGUCCUUUAGAUGUCAUCAAAACUAGGUUUCAGGUUCAUGGUGUCCCGCAGCUCGCCAAUGGAAGUGUUAAAGGCAGCAUAAUAGUUGCUAGUUUGGAGCAAAUUUUUCGCAAGGAGGGGUUACGUGGCAUGUACCGAGGGCUUGCGCCCACUGUGCUGGCUUUACUUCCAAAUUGGGCGGUUUAUUUUAGUGUAUACGAGCAGUUUAAGAGCCUUCUUCAUUCUGAUGAUGAAAGCCAUCAUCUUUCGAUUGGAUCUAAUAUGAUAGCUGCUUCUGGUGCUGGAGCUGCAACUACCAUGUUCACAAAUCCCUUAUGGGUUGUCAAGACUAGACUCCAAACUCAAGGAAUGAGAUCUGGUGUUGUGCCAUAUAGGGGCACACUAUCUGCAUUGAGGAGAAUUGCCCAUGAGGAGGGCAUUCGGGGUCUGUACAGUGGCCUUGUUCCUGCUUUGGCCGGUGUCAGUCAUGUUGCCAUCCAAUUUCCGACAUACGAAACAAUAAAAUUUUAUCUGGCAAAUCAAGAUGACGCAGCAAUGGAUAAACUUGGUGCACGUGAUGUUGCGAUUGCAUCAUCAGUUUCCAAAAUUUUUGCAUCCACAUUGACUUAUCCUCAUGAGGUCGUACGGUCCAGACUGCAAGAACAAGGGCAUCAUUCAGAGAAACGGUACUCUGGUGUGAUUGACUGUAUUAGAAAGGUUUUUCAACAAGAAGGCAUAUCGGGUUUUUACAGAGGUUGUGCCACCAACCUUCUGAGGACAACGCCAGCUGCUGUAAUCACAUUCACCAGCUUUGAAAUGAUUCACCGAUUCCUUGUUUCUCUUUUUCCAUCUGAUUCACAGCCUCAUAUUUUGUGA